GACGGUAUUUUUGGACCUGUUUAAAUUUUAAUAAUAAUAUUUCGUCGAUCACGCCGUGGCAGUGAUUCCCUUUCUUAGAAGUUUCCUUCGUCAUCGUCUACGACAGCGACGACGUGCACUGGCCCGACGUCGUCGUGAACAGCGACGGGCAUAUCUGCAAACUAAAAUAUUCUAUCUCCUCGCCAAAGAUGCCAUUGUCGCGUUCCAAUACUAGAGCUCAAUCUCCAUCCUGCUACCCGCCGUCGCCUCGACCCCCGAACUUUUUGCCGCCAUCUCACUAUGCUGCCGCUGGGGGCUUCAGUUUCCUCAGUAGACACGCUCAGCAGUCCAGCACGGAGAGCGAUGGGGUAUACCGUCCCGUAGAAGCCCCUUCGUCGCCCGACAUAUACAUGCCAGUUUCGCAGCCAGACUCGGAUUCCUCUUUCGAAUUCCAGCCUCGUUCGGACAAGCGAUUUACAAUGAUGUCGUCGAAAAACAAAUUUAACAAACGCGAGAGCCAGAUGGUGAAUCUGCCGUUGGUCGAGACGCAGCUGCUACCGUCGUUGCGGGAUACCAUUGACAAAAUGACGCGCCCACCGUCGCGUGCAGCGACCUCCCAUACCACGCCUUCUCCCGCCCAACUUUCUGUCAAGAGCUUUCAUGUUGACAGAAUGUUAUCUCCAAGCAUUACACCAUCUUCGCCACGUUCUCCACGACCUGUAACCCCUCAGCCGCCGUGUCCGGAGCCCAUAGAGGAGCCCAUGACACCCAAGGCAAAGCCAGCACUUAAAUCUGCUUUACGUGCGCCUACUCCCAAACUUUUCCCGCCCAAGACUCCCGAUAAUGCCGAGUCAUCGUCACCGGGUUCAUUUACUGGAGCGAGUGCCCUCAGAUCUGUGAGAAGUUUGCUGCGUCGGAAGUCUUCGACAACGUCCUCUACAACAACAUGUGAAUCUGUUGUACCGAAACCUAUAGUCAAGACUGAAAGUAACAUACCUAUCAGACCUUCCCGCGCACGAUCUCGGACAGAUCCUGGCACGUUUCUCAAUCCCAAAAUUAGUCAAGAUCCUCCCUCGACACCUCAGCCCGGAAAGCCGAAAGCAUUCGUAUCAAAUAUUCCCCGACCCAGAGGAAAGUCACCGGGUAGCGUCCGAUUUCGAGGGCAGUUCACUGAUGAAUCCGAUUUUGAGUAUCGUUACGAUGCACAGAAACGCAGUACACGCAAACUCGUCGUAGCCAAUGCCGAGGUCUUCGCUUCAAGUUCAAGCUCUGAGAGCGAGGCCGAACCAUUGGAGGCUGCAGGCGAUGUUCUCGUUGCACCAAACCAUAUGCGAGGGCUCGGUUUUCGAUUUUCACCCGAGGUCACGAGAAAAAAUCGGGACGAGGGCUUUGAGUCCUUCAUGACCGAGGUCGUCUAUGAAAAACCAAAGGAAGAUGAGGCCAGGCAAUCCAUCAUUUCAUACGCAUCAUCGGACUCGGAAUAUCAGGACGAGUAUGACGACCGUGACAAUGAAGACCCCUCUGUUGAUGCCGAGGGCACAGAUCAAGCUCAUCUUCGACGAAAGGCAGAGCUUAUGGGUAUUGUCAAAGGACUGCAGUUUCCAAAUGCCGGCGAAAAGAAAGCCAUCUAUGAGGAGAGCGACUAUAGCGGCGAAGAAGGUUUGGCUAUCAGCGGGUCGACGGAGGUCAUCAAGCAUGAUCUAGAAGACGGUCCUGUUUCGGAAUCUGAAUAUGACGAGGAGGACGACUAUCAAGAUGAUCAAAGACGAACUCCUACCGUCCUAGUAUCUGCUGAGGACGACCGAUCUUCCCAGUCGCCUCAUUUUCCUUCUUCUCGAUUUCAUACCUUGUCCAAAUCGUCCAUCGAGAAGAGACCUUCUGAAUCUCCCAGGAUCGACAAAUAUUAUCAGGACUAUGAUUCGCAAAGCUACGAGGCUGUCACAUUGGCUGAGCACUCACGAAUCGCUGCCGCUCGGGAGCGCAAGGCUUUCGGUAUCCCUCCAUCGGAGUCAGACGAGGUGUAUCAAACUGCUAGCCGGGGAACCCAGGAGGUGUUGUCCCAUGCGGAUAGUAUCUUGUCUGCGAUGGGUAGCGAAAUCUGGCAUAAUGACGAGUGCGAGGAACUGAGCUCAGGAGCGGAGGCUCUGUUCCGUACUCUCAGCGGAGGACGGUCUCGAGAAUCCUUUGGGCGGAAAACCCAGCAACAGCAGCCACGCUCAAGCGUGGCCGAGCCAAGGAAAUCACGUUCAAAAUCUACCAACGGAGGUCAAAUUGAGGAACCAUUGACAAGGCAGAACUCGUCGGAGUAUGGCGCGCCUCAAGUCCAGCACAAAGAGUCCGAAGUUCGCCGUCAAGAAAUCUUAUGGGAGCUUCGGGAGACGGAGGCAACCUUUGUUCAUCGCCUGACGUGCAUUGUCAGACUGUUCGUGCUCCCGCUUCGUGUGCAGGAUUCAAAGACGUGGAUAUCAGGCGUACCCUCUGGGAUUGCCAGGCUGUUCGACUGGCUAGAGGACAUCCUAAAUCUGCACACGCAAAUCCUGUCCGCGUUACAGUCUAUGGGCUCAGAUCAACAUCUUGUUAUCGAGGGACGUGUAGAGGGUUUACGGGAGUUUGUCCCUAGGUUGGAGAUCUAUCAACCGUACAUGGUGAGAUUGGCCGAGGGCGUGGAGCUAGUUCGAGCUCUUGUUGGAGACAGGGACAGUGAAUUUGGUGAAUUCGUCCGACUGCAAGAGGCGACAAGUGAUUGCAAGGGUUGGACCUUGGAUAGGUUCCUGGUCGAACCAGUGAACAGGAUUGCCGUGUAUCCUGGUGUCUUUGAGCGACUUUUGGAAGCGACACCCCGGACGCAUCAAGAUUAUCUACCAACCCUAUGUCUCCUACGGUCAACUGAUCUGAUUAUCAAGGUCAUGGCAGAGGUCAAGCUUCGGGAGGAUGAAUAUGAGUUCGUCAAGAGUAUAACCGAUCGCAUUCCUGGCCUAGCUGAAAUUGCAAGACGUGAUCGACGACUUUUGCAUCAAGGUCAAGUUCGCCGGAUUGACUGUGACGUCUCUUCGUCUACACAGGUUUCUGAAUCUCUUGGUGAUCGUUUCCAAAAUCGCUCCAGCAGACUGGUAACUGCUAUCAAUGACUGGGAUGCGCGUCGUGCGCGAUCUGAUUCUGUGAAGUCAAACGCUUCUUCUGCGACUGGCUCGUCGAUUGGAGCGGCUUCUACUACUAGUUCUUGGGAUAUGCCUGCUUCACCGACGCCGGACUAUUCUUCCCUUGACUCGAAAGGCGGCAAAAAGAAUGUCUCCAGACUUCAAGCGACACGCUUCCAAUCAAGAGCUACAAAGAACGUUCCGCCAGUUACUUCUGAUGUUUUGCUGCAGCUAUUUGUCUUUACGGAUCUCUUGGUCGUCACGAUGCCGACAGAGCCUGGGAGCUGGAACCUCUGCGAAGAUGUCGAGCCGUCCAUGAUCUCGCUGCAAGUCCUUCCUGUGACCGAUCUCGCCAUCCUACAGAGCAAGUCUGUCGAUAUCGUCUCCUCAAGUGCUGGAAUCGCUACGAUACAUAUCAAUACGGAAGUGGAUGAACGGGCUCGGUGGCUUGAGGCUCUGGAGCGCUGCAAGAAUUCUACGCUGAGGUUGAUGUCCAUACCGCUUGGGUUGGAGUAUGACGACGACCGAUUACAACGCACGGUUGUUGAUUCACUAGUGGCUUCGGGUCUUCCUAUCCCGAAGAGUCCUUCCUUACAGUUGGUCGGGAGUGAGAAACGUCAAGAAAGAGAGGAGCGUGGGUGGUGGUCGUUGCGUUUUAGGGAGGUUCUGAAGGACGUAGUGGGACGGGAGCUGAGCUAAUUUGUUUUUAUGAACUGAAUGAUAUUUUUGCAUGCAACAAAUGCCUGGUUAAAGGAAAAGUGG